GAGGAACCUUGAACCUUACGGGCCACCGUCCCGGAAGUGGACUAAGGAGGAAGAAAGUACUUGGGUUGCUAGGGAUAAAUAAGUUUCUGAAGAUUUUCACUGCGGAAUUGCAGAAUUUUGGGGGCGUGUGUUGGCCAGGAGGGACUCACAGGUUUUAGUCACUUCACCUGAAGGAACUAGUUUCCCUGAUGAGCCCGACCUUUUUGUGAAUGCGUGAACCUCAGGGCUUUUGGUAAGAGUACGCCUGAGAAAGCCGGUCUGUGCUCUUCCUCCGUGGCCACCUUAGAGAUGAACUGAUGCCUUAGUGGUUUAUCAUGGCCCAGCGGGCAGUGUGGCUUAUAAGCCACGAACCAGGAACUUCACCAUGUGGCACCAUCAAAUUCUCCAGGCGAUAUCCAACUGUUGAAAAAAGAGCCAAAGUCUUCAAUGGAGCAAGUUAUGUGCCUGUUCCUGAAGAUGGUCCCUUCCUUAAAGCACUGCUUUUUGAACUGAGAUUAUUGGAUGAUGAUAAAGACUUUGCAGAGAGUCGUGAUAGCUGUUCACACAUCAGAAAAACAUCCAUUUAUGGACUCCCAGUAGGAAGUGAAGAACUCUGGCCAGUUGUUGCUUUUCUGAAGAAUGGCAUGAUAUAUGCUUGUGUUCCACUGGUUGAACAAACUUUAUCCCCUCAUCCACCAUUAAUUAGUAUUAGUGGAAUUUCACAAGGUUUUGAACUUCUUUUUGGGUUACAGGAUUUUCUUUACUCGGGUCAAAAAAAUGACACUGAGGUAAAUACAAAAGUGAGCCAGUUGCCGGACUUGCUUCUACAGUCUUGUCCAUUUGGUACUUUGUUAGAUGCCAACUUACAAAAUUCAUUGGAUAGUAUUAAUUUUACUUCUGUUACUCAUCCACAAAAACAGCCAGCCUGGAAAGCUGGAAUGUACAAAGGAAAACCACAGGUUUCUAUUUCUAUCACUGAAAAGGUAAAAUCCAUGCAAUAUGAUAAACAGGAUAUAGCAGAUACAUGGCAAGUCGUUGGAGCUGUCACUUGCAAGUGUGAUUUAGAAGGAAGUAUGCCAAAUGUUACCAUCAGCUUGAGUCUCCCCACCAAUGGAUCUCCACUUCAGGAUAUUCUGGUCCAUCCUUGUGUGACAUCCCUUGACUCUGCCAUUCUGACUUCUAGUAGCAUUGAUCCAAUGGAUGAUUCUGCAUUUAGUGGACCUUACAAAUUUCCACUCACUCCACCUCUAGAGUCAUUCAACUUAUGCUACUACACUUCCCAGGUCCCUGUCCCACCAAUUUUGGGUUUUUAUCAAGUGAAAGAGGAAGGAGUACAACUGAAAAUAACAGUUAAUUUAAAACUUCAUGAAAGUGUGAAAAACAGUUUUGAAUUCUGUGAAGCUCAUAUACCUUUUUAUAAUAGAGGUCCAAUCACACAUGUGGAAUACAAAGUUAGUUUUGGCCAGAUUGAAGUAUUUCGAGAGAAGAGCUUAUUGGUCUGGAUUAUUGGACAGAAGUUCCCCAAAUCAAUGGAAAUUAGUCUUUCUGGAACUGUAACUUUUGGAGCCAAAAGCCAUGAAAAGCAGCCAUUUGACCAUAUUUGCAUUGGAGGUACAGCAUAUUUAAAGCUUCAUUUUAGGAUCUUAGAUUACACACUCACUGGGUGUUAUGCGGAUCAGCAUUCAGUUCAGGUUUUUGCAUCAGGAAAACCAAAAAUAAGUACACACCGGAAACUGAUUUCUUCCGACUAUUACAUCUGGAAUUCUAAAGCUCCUGCUCCAAUAACAUAUGGAUCAUUAUUGCUAUGAUUGUCUCAUGUUAAAUAGGAUAUAUACAAUAUAAAUUAAAUCAGUCUUUUAUUUUUAAUGUGAAUUCACAUAACCUAUGAGUGAACAUCAUUGAUUUAAUUAUAAAAUGCUCUUGUUUAGUGUUUUUAGUCUGACUUGGUUUGAAAGAAUAUUUUAAAGACUAAUAUAUCCAGUUAUGUUACCCUUUUAUUUUACUCAGGUAUGAUUCAGGGCAUAAAAUGUAGUGAUUCACCUUCAUCUUAUCUUCUACUAGCCUGGGUCAUGCUGCCCCACCCAUUUUCCUUCCUGCCCCUGUGGCAGACAUGGCUAAUCAAUCAUAGCCCUCUUUCUCCACUGAGCCUUCCUGGAUAUGGGCUGGAACUGCUUCUCAGUGCAGAGCUGCAAGCAGCCACUCCCAGUGGAUUGUAGAUGACUUGCAAGAUAAAAACUAUUUGCUCUUCCAAACCAAAGUAAUAACUGCUAGUAUAAUGUGUUGUUACAGAAUUCCAAGGACCACAUUACAAUUAACUGUGAAUCUCUUGAGAAAAUGAAGGAAAAUUGUUUAAAUAGUAACCAGUUUUUAAUCAGAACUACCCUACUAACUGAUAAAGAGUCUGUGUACGUCUGUUUAAGGUGUUCAUCUCUGUUCUAGAGUUAAUUUUCAAGCAAAGUUAUUAUUAAUCUGCUACGGUAACAUUUUGUUUAAGAUGUCAGUAAGCAAAUUAAGAGGGAUGAGAUACCCUCAGAAGAUGAGUAAGCAUAGUGUUUUGUGACGAUUGAAUAUCUGCAGCCAAAAUUCUAAAAAUAAAUUUAUAUAUAAUA